UCGCGGCCCGGGCCGGCGCCCGCGACCGGCCGUGUUACCAGCGGGCCUGGGUUAGACGAGUUUGUGGGGCGCAGCCCGCUCCCGUCCCUGGUGCCGGCCGGUCGGCGGCGGGUGCUUGGGGUCGUUACAUGCCUCCCUCUGCGUGUGUGUGAGAUGCAUGUACAGGUCCCAUAGCGGCUGUGGCUGUGUUGCACUUGGCUCGUGAGAGGAACACAACCAGUAUUCUUUGGUGUGCCAUCAGCAGGACUCGAUGAGUGCAGGGAGGGUGGGCGCCCCGCCUGGAUGCAGCAGGGGCUGUCCGGAGGUGUGCACGGCGCCUCAGCGAGCGCUCGCUGAUCGCGCUCUAUGCAAACAAGACUCUGUGCCAAGCCCGGACGGGCGUCUGGCCCUGGAGGGUCUGAUUUCCCAUUGGGAGACAUUGACGCGGGUACCCACUUCACUUUGGAAGUGUUGUGCUAGCAGAAUGUCUUGCCUGAAUUUCCUGAAGUUGUGCAAAAUAAAAUAUUACAAUUAUUGCCUUAUUCACAAUGUACAGAGGGAUUUUAUCAUACAAACUGGUGAUCCUACAGGGACUGGCCGUGGAGGAGAGUCUGUUUUUGGUCAGCUGUAUGGUGAUCAAGCAAGCUUUUUCGAGGCGGAAAAAGUGCCAAGAAUUAAGCACAAGAAGAAAGGCACUGUGUCUAUGGUGAACAAUGGCAGUGAUCAGCAUGGAUCUCAGUUUCUUAUUACUACAGGAGAUAAUCUAGAUUACCUUGACGGUGUUCAUACAGUUUUUGGUGAGGUGACAGAAGGCAUGGACAUAAUUAAGAAAAUUAAUGAGACCUUUGUUGACAAGGACUUUGUACCAUAUCAAGAUAUCAGGAUAAAUCAUACGGUGAUUUUAGAUGAUCCAUUUGAUGAUCCUCCUGAUUUAUUAAUUCCUGAUCGAUCACCAGAACCUACAAGGGAACAACUAGAUAGUGGUCGAAUAGGAGCAGAUGAAGAAAUUGAUGACUUCAAAGGAAGAUCAGCUGAAGAAGUAGAAGAAAUAAAGGCAGAAAAAGAGGCCAAAACUCAAGCUAUUCUGUUAGAAAUGGUGGGAGACCUACCUGAUGCAGAUAUUAAACCUCCAGAAAAUGUGCUGUUUGUGUGUAAAUUGAAUCCAGUGACCACAGAUGAGGAUCUGGAGAUAAUCUUCUCAAGAUUUGGGCCAAUAAGAAGUUGUGAAGUUAUCCGGGAUUGGAAGACAGGAGAAUCCCUCUGUUAUGCUUUUAUUGAAUUUGAAAAGGAAGAAGAUUGUGAGAAAGCAUUCUUCAAAAUGGACAACGUACUUAUAGAUGACAGAAGAAUACAUGUGGAUUUUAGCCAGUCUGUUGCAAAGGUUAAAUGGAAAGGAAAAGGUGGGAAAUACACCAAGAAUGAUUUCAAGGAGUAUGAAAAGGAACAGGAUAAACCGUCCAAUUUGGUUCUGAAAGAAAAGGUCAAGCCCAAACAGGAUGCAAAAUAUGAUCUCGUACUAGAUGAGCAGGCAGAAGAUUCAAAAUCCAGUCACUCCCACACGAGUAAAAAGCACAAGAAGAAAACCCGUCACUGCUCUGAAGAAAAAGAAGAUGAAGACUACGUGCCAAUCAAAAAUACUAAUCAGGAUAUCUAUAGGGAGAUGGGGUUUGGUCACUAUGAAGAAGAAGAAAGCUGUUGGGAGAAACAGAAGAGUGAAAAGAGAGACCGACCUCAAAACCGAAGUCGUAGCCGAUCUCGAGAAAGGGAUGGCCACUAUAGUAAUAGUCACAAAUCCAAAUACCAAGCAGAUCCCUACGAGCGAGAAAGGAGUAAGAAAAGGGACAGAAGCAGGAGUCCCAAGAAGUCCAAAGAUAAAGAAAAAUCUAAGUGCAGAUGAAGGAUGAAGAAUCAGACAUGAGUGGCUAACAGAUUUACCCUUGUCUAACUAAGAGUACCAGAUGUUCAGAUUUUGUGUCAAAGCAAAGACUCUGCUUGUUAUUUUUUUUUCACACUAGGAGUCUGGCCUUUUUAGAUUAAUAUUGACUGUAUAGGGCACAGAAAGACAAUAAAGAAUUGAACAUUUUCUUUGUA